AUGGCUACAGCAACUAACCCAAUCCCUAGUUCUUCUUCGGCUCAUCACUCCCCUAGGAGUCCCAAUUCAAGGUGGGCCGGCUCCUCUUCCUGGACUCAGAUUGUCCGGGACUGCGAUUCGGAUUAUAUCAUCUCUUCCUCUUCCUCCACUGCGGCUGUGGCUGUAAACGGGAUUUCUCUGCAUUCUUCCUCCUUGUCUAGUGUUGUUGCUAGGGAGGCAAAUGUGAAUUCCUCUUCUUCUGAUUCUUCCCCUUCAGGAGCUGCUUCUACACUGGCAGUGGUAGCUGGUUCUAUGACUUGUCCUACGGUGGAGGGUGGUGCUGCUGCUUGUGCGGCUGAGACUCCACCAGAGAGCACUGAGAAUGGUGGGGGAAGCAGAAGCGGAAGCAAUGCUACUAAGAAACCGGCUUGGAAUAAGCCUUCAAAUGGUGCUACUGCAGAAAUUAGCUCUGUAAUGGGGGCGGUGUCUUGGCCUGCUCUCUCUGAAUCCGCCCGUGCACCGACCAAGAAGUCAUCUUCAUCCGAUUCUCUCAAAGCUCUGUCUGAUGGAACAGUCUCUUUGCAGGGCACUGGUGUAGGUUUUUCAUCUUCCCAUCAACAAGAUACCAGUAGUAACACAAACCCUAAUUUAACACCCCACAAUGUUGGCCCUACCCGGCAAAGGUCUAUGAAGCAUGUUGGUGGGGGUAUGAGCAGUAGUGAUGGAUCAGCUAAUGAAUAUGUUUCUCAGUCACUACCACCAGAAGGUGCAACGGUGGAACUAGUCUCUAAUAAUUUGGGUAAGUCAGGUGGCUCUGCUGGGGAGUCUUCUGCGAGGGAUAACACAAAUAGGGAGGGUGGGCAAAGUGGAGGAUCACAUGGUGGGAAUGUGCUACAACAGCAGCGGAAUUCAUUUAGAAGAGGCAGUGGCGGUCCACACCCUAGAGGAGAUGUCUCCCAUUUUCAUGGCCGUGGUGGCAGGCGUGAUCGGGAACGUGGGAAUCAGGAUUGGGAUACUCAUCGAAGUUUUGGCAGCAGAGAAGGCAAUAUGCCUCAGCAGAGAGUUGCUUCUAGGCCUUUCCUUCGUGGUCCAGUUCCUAGUACACCUUAUAUUCCCCCGCCUUUGGCUGUGAGGCCACCCUUUGGCACUCCGAUGGUUUACACUGAAGUGCGUUCUCCUGUAUUUUAUGUUACAGGCCCUCAAUCAGAUUCCCUCAGGAUGCCUAUGGUUCCAAUUCGCCCUAUGUUUUUUCCUUUUACAGAUCCUCACUUGUCUAACAAGAUAAUGUAUCAGAUAGAUUAUUAUUUUAGUAAUGAGAAUUUAGUUAAAGAUACCUUCUUGCGCCAGAACAUGGAUGAAGAGGGAUGGGUUCCAAUUCAGUUAAUAGCAGGUUUUAAGAAAGUCAUGGAGCUGACAGACAAUAUUCAACUUAUACUGGAGGCUGUACAAGCUUCAAACAUUGUGGAAGUAAAGGUCGAUAAAGUGAGACGGAAAUAUGAUUGGAUGAAAUGGAUAAUGCCACCCAUUCAGAUGUGA